AUGCAAACUAAUGCUGAUCAUCUUCGUGAACUCUUUUAUCGGUUGAAUUACCUGAAUUUGAUGGUAAAUGCUCAGGAAAUUCUUUCCAGGCAGGUUCAGAAUAACCCCGUGGCGGCCCUCAUCCCAGGAGUGUUUCAGCAAUGUAAUGGAGUCGAAGGCAAUUCACUUGUACCUACAGCCAGCUCUGAAUCGUUGGAUACACUACCCUACAUUUCUCGUAAGGUUUUCGUUGGAGGACUUCCACAGGAUAUUAGCAAAAGCACUCUCCUGAAAAAGUUCAGUACUUACGGUCAAGUACGGCUCGACUUCCCCUCUGAGCCCACACAUCCUCCUAGAACCAGAAAGGCUGAUCGAAAACUAAGUACUUCCGGGUAUGUUUUUCUCAUCUAUGAAACCGAAGAUGCAGUGUACAACCUACUGAGAGACUGCACUCUAAUUGAAGGGAACUAUUUCCUGCUUUUUUGCAAAGAUUCGAUGAGCAUGAAAUACGCUCAAGUCCGUCCUUGGCAACUUGAAUCGAUUGCUUACAUACCCAAUGUUGAAGCUACUGUUGACCUUCGUCUUACCGUUUUCAUCGGCGGUGUACCCCGCCCAUUAACAUCUGGUGAACUCGCAACACUUCUGGAAGAAAAUUACGGUCCACUGCUUUACUGUGAGAUUGAUGUUGAUCCGGAACUAUUCUAUCCCAAGGGAGCGGCAAGAGCAGUUUUUGCAUCGCAUGGUAGCUAUUUCAAAGCUAUACGUAGCCGAUUCCUGCACAUUCCCAAUGUAGAAUUCAAUAAACGGACUGUUGAAAUAAAGCCUUACAUCAUGGAAGAAGCCCAAUGCGACGAGUGUCUGGAGGAAGCCUCUGAGCAUUUUUGCAAACUAUGCAUGCAGUACUAUUGCGAAGCCUGUUACGAAAGAAAGAUGCACUUUCCUGGCACACAUUCUCAUCAGAUACCACAAACAUCAAAGAAUCCUACGUUGAAUGAUUUCUGCCUGCCGGAAAAUCUGCUGGGACAACUAGCUAGCUAUGCAAUCUAG